AUGGCGGAUCCCAAGAACCAGCGGAAGCACAUUUAUGGCAAGCUCAAGGUGCCUAAGCAGUUUUGGGACAUAAUGACCCCCUUCGAGGACAGCGCGGUAGUCGAUCCCACCAGGAGACAAACUGGAAGGCAACGAUCUCAACCUUGCAUUGAACUGCUUAAGCAUAACGCGGCGGCGGCGGCGGCGGCGGCGGCGGGGAAACCAAACACCUGCCGCGCGAGAACAUUCGACCCUUCUCAAUUCGGGCUCAAGCAUAACGACAAUAUCGUCUGGAUCGAGGGGCUGCGCAAGUGGUUGGCGAAGAAAAGAACGAGGAAGGAUAUGAAAACUUUGCUUAUAUGGAAUCCGCCAUAUCAUAAGGCUAUAUCCACGAAUUCAGAAGAACGAGAGGUGGAAGUAGGCGGAUUCCACCCCCUUGGCGCAACAAGGUCAUGA